AUGGAGUGUCCAAAUGAAACAGCCCCAAAUGAAUUUAUCCUGUCUGGGUUUCCAUAUCCACAAGGGUUCAAGCUCCCCUUCCUUCUCUUCUUCUUAAUCAUGUUUACACUUACCCUUUCUGGAAAUUGUCUGAUCAUCCUGGUGGUGAUCUCUGACCUUCAAUUGCACAAGCCCAUGUACUGGUUCCUGUGUUAUCUCUCCAUCCUGGAUAUGGCUUUUUCAGCUGUGGUGGUUCCCAAAGUUAUUGCAGGAUUCGACUUCCAUGGAAAGGUCAUUUCCUUUUUAGGGUGCGUAACACAGGUAUUCUUUCUGAACUCUGUUGGAUGUGCAGAAUCUUUUCUUUACACCUUAAUGGCUUAUGACCGCUUCUUGGCCAUUUGUAAACCACUCCAUUAUGGCAACAUCAUGACCUGGAGAGCCUGCCUCAUCCUAUCCUUCAGUACCAUAAUUGGAGGCAGCCUCAACUCUGCUUUUCAAACAUCUCUCACCUUUCAUUUACCUUACGGAGAGAACAACUAUAUUGACUAUGUCUUUUGUGACAUUCCAUCCAUCCUGAAGCUGGCUUGUGUUGACAUAAAAUUUAACGAAUUGAUUGUCAUCAUUGAUGUGGGCUUUAUAGCAAUGACCUGCUUUCUCCUUAUUCUAGCAUCUUAUGCUUAUAUCAUCACAGCUAUUUUGAAGAUUAGUAGCAGUGAAGGACGCCAGAGAGCCUUCUCAACUUGCAGUGCCCAUCUUACUGUAGUGGUCAUAUACUACCUGCCUCUUUUUUAUCGUUAUAUGAGGCCAGCUUCUCAGGACUCCUUGGAUAGUGUGGUGAGCAUGUUCUACACCACAAUCACCCCUUUGUUGAACCCAGUGAUAUACACACUUAGGAACAAGGAGAUGAAAACUGCUCUGGUGAAACUCUGGGGUGGGAAUCCAGAGUAG